AUGAUCUGUCCUGUCCUACCCUGUCAUGUCCCCGUGUCCCACCCUGUCCUGUCCUACCCUGUCCCACCUGGGCCCACCCUGUCCUGUCCUACCCUGUCCCACUCCCCGUCCCACCCUGUGGGCCCUCGUCCUACCGGGUCCCCCCUGUCCUGUCCCACCCUGUCCCGUCCUACCCUGUCCCGUACCGUAUUCUCAGUGAGUCUCUCUGCUGGUCGACCUCCUUCCAAACCGUACCACUGCAACGACCAACUACUGCUUUCACACACUGCAGCGACGAGCACACGCUACGGCCCGCCCCACACCAGUCCUGCCCACACCAGGCCCGCCUACACCAGGUCCGCCUCUCUGCCUGUCAGACAGUUUGUUGUGUAUGGCCCGGUGCCCCGGUUAACGGUGCACCACAGCUCCAUCAGGACGAAGCAGCACCGAGCCCCAGGCGGUGCAGUUACCCAGCCUGCCCUCACAUCCCCCCUCUCUAACACCACAGCUCCAUCAGGACGAAGCAGCACCGAGCCCCAGGCGGUGCAGUUACCCAGCCUCCCCUCACAUCCCCCUGCCCUCCUCUCUAACACCACAGCUCCAUCAGGACGAAGCAGCACCGAGCCCCAGGCGGUGCAGUUACCCAGCCUCCCCUCACAUCCCCCUGCCCUCCUCUCUAACACCACAGCUCCAUCAGGACGAAGCAGCACCGAGCCCCAGGCGGUGCAGUUACCCAGCCUCCCCUCACAUCCCCCUGCCCUCCUCUCUAACACCACAGCUCCAUCAGGACGAAACAGCACCGAGCCCCAGGCGGUGCAGUUACCCAACCUCCCCUCACAUCCCCCUGCCCUCCUCUCUAACACCACAGCUCCAUCAGGACGAAACAGCACCGAGCCCCAGGUGGUGCAGUUACCCAGCCUCCCCUCACAUCCCCCUGCCCUCCUCUCUAACACCACAGCUCCAUCAGGACGAAGCAGCACCGAGCCCCAGGCGGUGCAGUUACCCAGCCUCCCCUCACAUCCCCCUGCCCUCCUCUCUAACACCACAGCUCCAUCAGGACGAAGCAGCACCGAGCCCCAGGCGGUGCAGUUACCCAGCCUCCCCUCACAUCCCCCUGCCCUCCUCUCUAACACCACAGCUCCAUCAGGACGAAGCAGCACCGAGCCCCAGGCGGUGCAGUUACCCAGCCUCCCCUCACAUCCCCCUGCCCUCCUCUCUAACACCACAGCUCCAUCAGGACGAAGCAGCACCGAGCCCCAGGCGGUGCAGUUACCCAGCCUCCCCUCACAUCCCCCUGCCCUCCUCUCUAACACCACAGCUCCAUCAGGACGAAGCAGCACCGAGCCAAAGGGGGUGCAGUUACCCAGCCUCCCCUCACAUCCCCCUGCCCUCCUCUCUAACACCACAGCUCCAUCAGGACGAAGCAGCACCGAGCCCCAGGCGCUCCAUCAGGACGAAGCAGCACCGAGCCCCAGGCGGUGCAGUUACCCAGCCUCCCCUCACAUCCCCCUGCCCUCCUCUCUAACACCACAGCUCCAUCAGGACGAAGCAGCACCGAGCCCCAGGCGGUGCAGUUACCCAGCCUCCCCUCACAUCCCCCCUGCCCUCCUCUCUAACACCAGCUG